AUGGACUGCAUCAUCCCUUUCGGAAACCUGAAGCAUCCAUCCGGCUCGCGACGGCUGCCACCGUCGCUGCGUCUCUGCGAUUGGCAUCCACUCUGCAGAGAUCCCUCUAGAGCGACGCCGACACCGCAUCCCGAAUAUUUUAUCCUUCGGUCCACCAUCUGCUUGCGACGCAGACUUCGGAGCAGACACGAUCCCGUUGGAGAUGCUGGUGGCUGCGAUAUUGGCCUAGUCACCACUGAAUCUCUUCAACGCCCUGGUCGUCCUCCUUAA